AAAAAUAUCGAUAUACAAAAUAAGCUACUGUCGAAUCGGUAUCUGACAACCAUUUAAUCUGGGGCUUCAGCAACACGUCAAACUUUAAAAAUUUUGAAACACAAUGGGCAACGCAGAAUCUAGCCAAGAUCACUACAAAGUUCUGGGUGUGCAGCCGGACUCCACGGAUACGCGUAUUACUAGAGCUUUUUGGAGCUCGCCAUUAGAUUGUCAACCAGAAGAGAGAACGAAGUACAACCGAGCAUAUCGCGUUUUGCACAAUCCUAGAAGAAAAGAAGCAUAUGAUGCAUCCAGGGGUAAAGGGGGUAAAGGCUUCUUCUUUUACACCUGCAUCUUUGUUGUGGGAUACGUAACGUACAGACUAUGGCAGAGCGGAAAAUUGGAAGAAAUAAGCCAGGAUGUAAUCAGACAAUCGGCUAAGAAAUCUAAUUUUGCAUCCGAUUUAGGAUCAAAACUAGCUGAGUCGGCUAGUUCUGUGGCCAGUGCAUUCAAGGAUGGCUUGUCCAAAGCGGAAAAGUGGUUUCAGGAUUUAUAGACAAAUGUUCAAAUGUUGUCCCAUAAUUUGUGAGCUAACUUCACCUUUAUCUUUUGUAAUGAUGUACACUUUUUAAUAAAAAAAGUUAUUGUCUAUCCAUCCCCUUUUAUUACACACAACCACAUCGUAAUGCCUAUCGAUUACAUGCACUCGAUUGCAACCACUAUCGAUAGACUUUUCUCAGACGUGGUUUUUCCCAUUUUUGGCGAAGCAAUGCAACUGAUUUCAAUUUCAAGAUAAACAAACGUAUUGGCGCGAGGUUUUCAUCCUGCACGAAAACAACGAGCACGUGGGUGAAGGGGAGCAGCCAGAAGACACGACACGAGAUCAGCCAGGCGUGAGCAACAGUUGUAGCAUCGAGUGGCUUAGAGAUACAACUGGUCUGGCCUGGUAGUGGUAAGUCCAAGGCCCGGAUGCGAUAAGGGACUGCUGGGGACGCGGGGAAAAGCGGUCUGAUUACUACGCAUUACGUGAAACGAGCUCAACGAUGUCGGCGGUGCCCAAAUCUGCUGAUCCAGCGGAGUUGGCGUUCUCGGUUGACAAUGUCAGCAAUAGCAAUGGAAGCAGCAACAACAACAACAACAGCCGCGGCAACAGCAGCAGAGCUACCAGCCAGGGCAACAAUAAUACUCCAAAAAAGUAUAUCGCUCCCGGAGCAGCGAGCUCCAUCAAAAUGUGCCCCGCCAGCAAUUCGAGUAGACCCUCGCACAAUAAUAACAACAACACCAAUAGUAAGCAACUAAAUGGGAUCUGCCAGCAGGCCCAAGCUGGUCACAAACUAAUGGUCAUCAUGCGUGGUCCCCCGGGCAGCGGAAAGUCCACGCUGGCCGAAUCCCUGUUGCGCCAGAGCCGCCUGUUAGAGCGACACGGCGUGCAGGAUUUUGUCUUUGGCACGGACGACUACUUUAAAUCGCGGAACGGAUAUGACUUCAAUCCCACAUUGCUGCCCGCGGCCCACGAGUGGAAUCAGAAGCGGGUGCGAGAGAAGGCCGCUCGCGGCUGGAGCCCCAUAUUUGUGGAUAACACCAACACAAUGGUGUGGGAAAUGCAGCCGUAUGUCCAGAUAGGCGUGAAGUACGGCUACGUAUUGGAGCUGCUCGAGCCCCAGACCAGCUGGUGCAAGUCAGCCAGCAAGCUGGCGCAAAAGAAUGUCCACCAGGUGCCCAGGGAGAACAUCCAACGAAUGCUGGAGCGAUAUGAGCGCACCAGUGCAGCCGAACUGAUACGGCUAUUGAAAGAAACAAAAUACACGGUAGCAUUGCCGCAGCUGCGACAAUAUCCUCCCCUGCCCGCUGUUCCUGUUGUCAAAAAUUUUGAUCAGAAGGAACCUCCGGAUGCCUUAAUUCCUCCUCAGCCGGUCACAAAUAUCAAGCUGAAUGCAAACGCACAGACCUGGGUGCCUUACGAGCAGGGAGCACCAUCUUACUGGUCCCAAACAGCAGAAUUACCGGAUCCGGAAGGGUCGACUAUUCCAGCGUCAGGGUUGAGUGAGAAAUCUCUUAUCGACCUACUGCGCGAUAACUGCAUAGUGGAGGAGGUUGCGGAGGAGGCGAAACCAAAGACGGAAACCUGUGAAGCCUUUCAGCGUAGACACUGCCUUGACUGCCCCAACGAGCCUGGAGGAUUUGCAAUACUGCGCCAGAUGUAUCCGAACAAGCAGAUGUCGGGCCUUUGGGACCUCUUUGUCAAGUGCAACGCCGACGUGGACUGGGCCGUCGAUAUAUUAAUCAAGGAGGACGAACUAAAUGGCGAGUCAGGAGCUGAUCAUAUAGCAUCAGAGAAAGGUCUUAGUCCAGAGGAAGCCUUGCAAUUCCAAUGCGACUGCGCCAAUCCGGAAUCCCCAGCAGCCGCCACUCCUCGUUCCUCGUCGCCGUCUUCGGCAGCGGCCAAGCCACUCCCGAAGCCGCAGCGUCAGGUUCGAAACAAACGCGCCUCAGGGCCCACUAACAAGGAGUUGCAGUUGCAGAUCGAGAACUGCUUUGUGCUAGGCGACGAACAAUACUCAGAGCAUACACGCAAAAUCCGUGACAUCCGCAAUGGGAUUCUUGAUCAACCCGCUUUGCCUGAAGCGCUCGAGGUGGCGGGAGUGGAGCAGGAGGAUCCGGAGGAGGAGGUGGACCCUGAAGACAAUACACUGCUGGAAAUGGAUCUGGGCAGCAUGUUCAUAGAGCGUCUGCGCGAUCAGUUCGACACAGACGACGAGGUGGCGCCGCUGGAGCAAGAACUGCCCGCCGCCACCAAGAUCUUUAUGCCGCGCCAGCUGGCAAAGCAGCUGUAUAUGCUGUGGAAGGAAGCCGUCUACAAUCAACUAGAGGAGCAGCGCCAGCAGACGCUGCGCGACGAUGAACAGUUCGCCCGCCUGCUAAAGCAUCCGGAAUACGCCGAAUGCAGCGAGUCGCCGAGCAAUGUGGGCGAGCUGCUGGACAUGGAGCUGGCAUGGAGCAUCUAUAACAGUGAGCAGCUGGCCGCCAAGCAGGCUGCUGAACUAGCCGCUCGCAAGCAACCGCCCAACGACAUUGCCACCCAUCUGACCAAGAUGAAGCUGUGCGAGACCUUCCCUGAGAUACCUAACGAUACAGUGCUCGAGACCUUCAUGGCAACUGGCAGCAACUACAGUCGAACGGUCGAGGUCCUUGGCGGCAACGUGCAGAGCUCUCUCAGCGGAGCGGAGCUCUAUGAGCAAGCGCUUCGAGAGGGCGAAAAGCUAAGUGCCCAGGUGGCUCUGGAGCAGCAGAAGAUGCAACAGAAACGACUGCAACAGAGCUCAUCCGGGCAGCGCUCGAGCUCCCAAUCCUCAGCCGGCCGGUCACCCCUUCUCCACGAGGAGGCCAAGUGCGCUGCUCUGCGGGACUUUGAGGAGACCCGCAACUUAGCGGCCCACCACUCUCAGUUAAAGGCCGAAUGUUACUUGAAGGCGAAACAAGCAGUGCAAAGGGGCAAUGGCAACGUGGCGCUCUAUUACUCCGAGAUAGCGAAUCUGCACAAGCAGAAGAUCGACUCCUUCAACCAGCGUGCUGCCAACUGCAUCAUGGAGGUGCAUCGGCACACACAGAACAACCCAGAUCUGCUUGACCUCCACUACCUGCACACGGUGGAGGCGAUUAGCUGCCUGGAUUUGUUCCUAGAUCGGCACAUAACCGUGCUGCGCAACUGCACACGCGUCUACAAGCAUGUCUUUAUCAUUACCGGCCGUGGUCUGCACAGUGCCAACGGUGUGUCCACCAUCAAGAAUCGGGUUAAGUCCAGGCUGGCCGAGCGACGCUUGCGCUGGCAGGAGGUCAAUCCGGGCUUGCUGCGCGUUAAAAUCUUUUCGGCAUCGCGUCACUCCAAGAACUUCUGAUCGGAGGCGUAGUGACCGGCAGGCCAUAUGGAUGUGACUGGACAGCGAACAGAGAAACGAGAUAAGCUACCUCAGGUGUCAUUCUUUUUGUAAUUAUACCAAAAAGUUGCAAAAUUCUCUGUCCCAAAUUCUUAAUACCUUCGUUAUCGUAGGUGAAAACAUUCCUGUUUUUUCAAUACUUUCAACUACUGAAAAUGUUCUUGUCUUUAAUUUUCCAUUUUACGUUAAAUUUAUGCUUCCACCAAAUUAGGAAUUCGUGUGAAACGCGAAUUUGGCAACGAAAUAUUGAACGUGGUGCUUAAUUUAUCUUACAAAGAGAUAUAUACACGAAGAAGACAUAUUUUUUAUACCCUUUUCCAUAUAACUAGCUUCUAAGAAUCCUAGUCAUAAGUUAGUUAAAAAUAUAACAUUUAAGAUAAGUAUUCAUUAAAGUUAAUCGGAACAAUAGUUAUUUAGUUUCUAUAAAAAUAUACAGCGGGAGCUUUACAGUAAACUCAUCAUA